UCCUCCCUUGUCCCCUACCGCCGAGACCCCAAAACUUUAUUCCUAAUCCCACUCCAAGAGUCCUGAGAAACUGUUAGCCGAAUCGGCCCCUGAAACCCUCACCAGCGUUGUCAUCUAGUUGGGAUUUUUGAAGAUUGCCGAAAAGGUACUUGAAGAAGGUCUCAAGGUUGAGAUCCCGGCCCCUAUGGUGGUGCAAAAUGUUCAAAUGCUUGAGCUCGUGAAGACUGUUGAUGGCAGCUUGGGCUUCCUCCAGGGUGGCAUUCUCCUGCUUCUGGACCUCGACCAAGAAGCGGCGGAGGUGAUCAGCCGACAUGAGCCCAUUAUCGGAGUAGCGGUGGAAGAAGCCCUGAAUCUCAUCCGGGGCCGCGGCGACUGCGAGCUUGAACCGACGGCGGAAGCAAAAGCAGACUCUGUAAGUCUGCCUGGACUUUGUAUGGAUCGCUCUCACCUUCCGCAGAUGAUUUGGGAGAGAAUUGGAGAGGUUUCGGGUACACAGUGAGAAGAAGAAAGAAAAUGGAAGAGAUGAGGCCACUGUGGAAUAAAUUAAUUUAAAAUGA